AUGAGGAGCAGCUUCCUGUCAGAGUCGCCGUGCGACGAGCAGCACAUCCAUGGAUAUGGCUUCAACCCGCAGUCAUGGCUGCAGGUGGAGCGAGGGAAGCUGCCCAAGUCGUCCUACUCGCCUUCCUCCAUUGAGUCACUCAUCAAGAUUGCUGAGCCGCCUGUAGUGCCGUUGUACAAACCUUUGGAUUAUGUUGAGGUGCUGUCAAGGAUCCACGAGGAGCUUGAACAAUGUAGCCCGAGCGAGCGGCCAGGGCUGUACUUGGUCCAGUCCCAGGUGUUUCGGGGCCUUGGGGAGGCAAAAUUGCGCCAGAGGAGUCUCCACUCUGCCUGGCGCUGUGCAAGCGCUGUCCAUGAGAAAGUCAUAUUUGGGGCGUGGCUGCGUUACGAGAAGCGGGGGGAGGAGAUCAUAUCUGACGUCCUUGCAUCAUGUCGGAAAUGCUGUCGAGAGUUUGGUCUACUUGAUGUUGCUUCCGAGAUGCCUGUGCGGAAUUUUGAGGUGAUUGGUUCAUGGGAGACAGGCUCCUCAUCUCAACUUUCUUCCAUGGUAACCUUCCAAAUACAGGAUGGUAGGGUGACAUGUGAUAGGUGCAAGAUUGCGUCUUUGUCAAUACCAUUUUGCUCCAUGCUUAAUGGGCCGUUCACUGAGUCACAGCUUGAGCUUGUUGAUUUGUCAGAGAAUGGUAUUUCGUUGGAGGGCAUGAGAGCUGUUUCUGAGUUUAGUUCUACAUGUAGUUUAGGGGAUCUGCCUGUGGAAAUCUUAUUGGAGAUCCUGGUGUUUGCAAACACAUUUUGUUGUGACAGUCUAAAAGAUGCAUGUGAUAGGAAACUGGCUUCAUUUGUUUCAUCAAGGCAGGAUGCCGUUGAGCUCAUGACAUUGGCAUUUGAAGAAAAUGCGCCAGUUCUUGCUGCUUCUUGCUUGCAAAUGCUUUUACAGGAACUUCCCGAUUGUCUAGCUGAUGAUCUAGUAAUUAGCCUCUUCUUAGGUGCAACUGCACAGCAACAACUUAUCAUGGUUGGGCAGGCGUCCUUUUUGUUGUAUUGCUUGCUUAGUGAAGUAGCAAUGAACAUUGAUCCGAGGACAGACACAACUGUAUUCUUGUCAGAGAAGCUUGUUCAGCUAGCAGUUACCCCUACUCAGAAGCAAAUAGCUUUUCAUCAACUUGGAUGCAUUAGACUUUUGAGAAAAGAAUAUAGUGAAGCUGAACAUGGAUUUGAGGUUGCCUUCUCUGCCGGUCAUGUGUAUUCGAUUGCUGGUAUUGCUAGAAUCGCUGGCAUACAAGGCCAAAAGGCUUUGGCUUAUGAGAAGAUCAGUUCAGUCAUAACAUCAAAUUUGCCACUGGGGUGGAUGUAUCUGGAGAGGUCGUUGUAUUCUGAAGGUGAUAGAAAGCUGGCAGACCUUGACAAAGCAAGUGAGCUGGAUCCUACUCUCACUUACCCUUACAUGUAUCGAGCUGCAUCCUUGAUGAGAAAGAAAGAUGCUAAACUUGCCUUAGAGGAAAUUAAUCGACUCUUGGGUUUCAAGUUAGCAUUGGAGUGCCUGGAGCUAAGGAUCUGUCUAUACUUGGCUCUUGAAGACUAUAAGUCUGCCAUCUGUGAUAUCCAUGCGAUUCUUACUCUUUCACCUGAUUAUCGGAUGUUGGAAGGACGUGUAGCUGCUUCCAAAAUAGGCACUCUUCUGGGUGCACAUGUCGAGCAGUGGAAUACAGCUGAGUGUUGGCUACAACUUUAUGAGCGCUGGUCAUCAGUGGAUGAUAUUGGUUCCCUUUCAGUGAUCUAUCGGAUGCUUGAGUCAGAUGCAGCAAAAGGUGUCCUGUACUUUAGGCAAUCUUUGCUGCUCCUUAGGUUGAACUGUCCUGAGGCAGCGAUGCGCAGUUUGCAAUUGGCAAGGCAUCAUGCAGCAACUGAGCAUGAACGACUAGUCUAUGAGGGGUGGCUUUUGUAUGACACAGGGCACUGUGAGGAGGCCCUACAAAAAGCGGAAGAAUCUAUUUCUAUUCAAAGAUCAUUUGAGGCGUUCUUUCUGAAAGCCUAUGUUUUGGCCGACUCAGGAGUUGAUCCUUCUUAUUCCGCGACUGUUAUCUCGCUUCUUGAAGAUGCAUUGAAAUGCCCUUCAGAUCGGCUUCGGAAGGGUCAGGCAUUGAAUAACCUUGGUGGUGUCUAUGUUGAUUGUGGCAAGUUAGACUCAGCAGCUGAUUGCUAUACAAGUGCAUUGAAGAUUCGACACACUAGAGCCCAUCAAGGUCUUGCUCGUGUUCAUUUUCUCAGGAACAACAGGGAAGCUGCAUAUGAAGAGAUGACAAAGUUGAUAGAAAAAGCUAAAAACAAUGCUUCGGCUUAUGAGAAACGUUCAGAAUAUUGCGAACGAGAACAAACUAUGACAGAUUUGCAAACCGUGACCCAAUUGGAUCCUUUACGUGUUUAUCCAUACAGAUAUCGAGCAGCAGUGCUGAUGGAUAGCCACAAGGAGAACGAUGCAAUAGCGGAGCUCAGCCGUGCGAUAUCCUUCAAAGCCGACCUGCACUUGCUGCAUCUCCGGGCAGCUUUCCAUGAGCACAUCGGGGAUGUACCGAGCGCUCUCCGUGAUUGUAGAGCCGCCCUUUGCUUGGACCCGAAUCACCAGGAAAUGCUGGAGCUUCAGAAACGUGUGAACAGCCAAGAGCCCUGA